AUGGUGACGAUCUGUACCUACAAUGCACGCACACUUGCAUCCGAGUUCUCGAUAGAAGACUUGUUCAUGCAAGCAAGAAGGAUAAGGUACGACGUCCUCUGCCUAGCCGAGACGAGAAGAUGCCAGCCUUUCAAUGCCGUCUAUGACACCGGAAAAGAUCUGCUCCUCGGAACAUGCGACAGUAGAGGAGUCGGCGGCGUCGGCGUUCUCGUCAACACGAGUUUGCCCAUGAACAUCGAUUCAUUCGAGCAACUUACAACCCGAAUCGGACGUUCACGAUUAAGAAGACGUGGUUCAAUUCCGGCUUUGACAAUCUUCGUCGUUUACGCGCCGAUAUCAAACUACGACGAAGAAGAAGUCGAAGCGUUUUAUAUGGACUUGAAGAAGUUCAACAGAGAAGAACACACAUUCUUCAAGGUCAUCACUGGAGAUUUUAACGCCAAGAUUAGGCCAAGAAGAACGUCUGAAGGACGUUGCAUUGAGACCAACGGAUUAGAAUGGAACGAACAGGGUGAGCGGCUAUCUGAGUUUAUCAUGGCGACCAAGACAAUCCAUGGUAACUCGCAAUUCCAGAAGCCCCACUCUCAACGCUGGACAUAG